AUGGAAAAAACUGAAGCAUAUGAAUGUUUACACCAAAAUGAUCCAUUACCAAAUUUAAUAGAACGUACAAAUAAAUAUUUAUUAAAUUUAAGAUUGAAACAUUGGAUUACACAGAGACAAUAUGAACAAUUAAGCGUUAAACCAAAUGAAGUGAAAUUAGCCCAUUUAUAUUAUUUACCAAAAGCCCAUAAACCUGGCACUCCACUUCGACCAAUUGUCUCUGGACUCAAACAUCCAACUAUAAAAAUAUCGAAAUUUCUCGACGGAUUACUCAGACCUUUAUUUGAUGGAAUGGCAUCAAACACAACUGUGACUUCUGGAACUGAAGUUAUCAAACUGUUACAGGAAUGGUCAAAACGUAAUAUACGUCAAGAAACUUUACUAUGCACAAUGGAUGUGAUGGAUCUGUACACAAUGAUACCCCAAACAGAAGGCUUUUUAUCAAUUAAAAAAAUGUUAGAUUACUUAAACAUUAAACAAAUUGAUGGGUUAAAAAUUGAAACCAUUAUUCGUCUAUGUAGAUUCGUGAUACAAAAUAAUUAUUUUUCUUACAAUGGUAAAUAUUAUCAUCAAGUACGAGGUGGUGCUAUGGGUUCGCCGUUAACAUUAACAAUUGCUAACUGCUAUAUGUUCUUUUUUGAACGAGACAUUGUUAAACAAAUUAGCAAUAGCAACGGACUCUAUAUACGAUACAUCGAUGAUAUAUUUAUUACCAUCAACUGGCCUACUCAACAUUUAUCGAAACAAAUCGAUCGAUGGAAUAAAUUCGACGUUAACAUUAAAUUAAAAACUCAAGUUGGUUAUACAACAAAUUUUCUUGAUUUAAAAAUAGAAAAUAAAAAUGGUGUACUAUUUACAGAAGUAUACCACAAACCAUCUUAUGAGCCGUACUAUUUACCUUUUAAUAGUAUUCAUCCUAUCCAUAUGAAGAAAAAUAUUCCAUUUGAGAUGUUAAUUCGUGCUAUUAAAUAUUGUUCAACAUUUGAAGCAUAUUUAUAUGAACGUGAAAAAUUAAGAAUGGCUUUGUUAUUAAAUAAAUAUCCUGGUGAAUUUUUAGAAAAGCAAUUCAACCGGGUAAUUCAAAAAUAUGAUAUAAAUCAGCCAAUAUCGAAUAAAAAUUAUAGUACAUUACGAGAGAAAAUAAUAUAUGCGGAUAAAAAAGCAAAAAUUACAAUCAAUUAUAAUAAAAAAAUGUUUGUUCAUUUUACAUAUUGUUUAAACAUGAGAAUGUUCCCGGUAAAAUUUCAUACCCUUUGGAACAAAUAUUUUACUGAAUCGCCAAUAAAUGAAAUAAAACCAGUCAUAGGGACUCGUAAUGUUAAAAACCUACAACAACAGCUAAUACGCAAUAAAUAA